ACAGGGGAAGUGACCAGAAGGGGGACAUUUGGCAUCCAUAAUGAGGAUCUGGGUGAUAACUCUGCUCUGCCUGAAAACAACUCUCAGCAGCCCUGAGGAGUCAUGCCCAGACAUAAAGGUUGUGGGGCUUGGAGACUCUGACAGGGUGACCAUCAUCAGAGGCUAUCCUGGACCUCCUGGGUCUAUUGGUCAAAAAGGUGAAGCUGGGGCAAAAGGGGCAAAAGGGGAACCAGGACACAUGGGUUACCUAGGAAAACAUGGACCUCAAGGGAUAAAAGGCCAGCGGGGAUCUGAAGGGGACAUUGGGAAGAAUGGUCUGCUAGGUCAAAAAGGUGCCAAAGGUGAGAAAGGAGUACAAGGAUACAAAGGGGAAGAAGGAGAUUCAGAAUGCCAGGAUACAUAUGAAGCUAGAAGCUGUAAGGAGUUGCUUGGUAAGGGAUUUAUUCACAGCAACUGGUACAUGAUCUAUCCAGAUGGCAAGAGGUCCCUAAAAGUCUUGUGUGACAUGGACACUGAUGGAGGAGGCUGGAUUGUCUUCCAGAGACGUUGGGAUGGAUCCGUAAACUUCCACCGAGACUGGAAAUCCUAUAAGACUGGGUUUGGCAGCCGUUUAAAUGACUUCUGGUUGGGAAAUGAUAAUCUUCACUGGCUUACAUCAUCAGGUACCUGGGAGUUGCGCAUUGAUUUACAGGACUUCCAACACACAAAGCAAUUUGCCAAAUACUCCUCAUUCCAAGUCUUGUCUGAAUCGGAGAAAUACAAAUUAGUUCUAGGACCCUUCACAAAAGGAAACGUAGACGAUGGCAUGUCAUAUCACAACAACCAAUUAUUUUCAACUUACGAUAAAGACAAUGAUCUAUCUGGUGAUAACUGUGCCAUUACAUAUUCCGGAGGCUGGUGGUUUAGUAAAUGCUAUGAUGCGAGUAUGAAUGGCGAGUACAAACUGUCGACACACAACAUCAGCAACACUGGCAUCAACUGGAAAAUGGAUAAAGGAUUGAAAUAUUUCUACAAAUAUACAGAAAUGAAAAUAAGAUCCCUUUAAAUAGGAAUAAAGUAUACAGGCAGUCCCCGGGUUACAUAUAAGAUAGAUUCUGUAGGUUUGUACUUUGGAUAGCAUAGGGAAGGGUUGUAAUGUUUGUUUUGCUCUCUGUGCCCCUGUUCAGAAGAUUUCACCUCACUUAUUGUCCCUGUCUCAAUUGGAUUUUGAAAAUUUGGGGGUGUCUUGGAAACAAGGAUUGUUGAUACAGCUCCAGUGGAGACAUCUUUUUCCCAUAAUAACUCUUACAGGAGUAAAUUUCCCCUCCUAGGGGUAGAUUUCCUCUCACUUCCUGUUGUCUUCCUCCAUUUGUAAGGGUGAGUUGCAAGUCGGAUGUUUGUAACUCUGGGACUGCCUGUAUAUCAUUUUUAUAGAAAACAUAAAUAUCCUAUAAUAAGAAAACCAUGUGCUGGUGAACCAUUCCACUUAGUAAAAGUUGUAGCGUGGAACAUACAAACAAUUACAAUUAUCCAAUGGUGGAAAACCUGCCGCAUCUAUAAAGAGUUUACAACAAAGUCACUCUGUAUGGGUUCACAAAUUCUAAAACACCAGUACUUUUUAUACGUAUAUGUGAUCUAACACCAACCUUAAUAGUUUUAUAAGUAAAGAUUUCCUAUACUAUAAAAACUCAAUUCACACCUA